GAAGCUAAAAAAAAACAUUCUGGAACUUUUGUGUAAAUGCAGUUCGUAUAUUUUAAACCUUAAAAUCAGCAGGAACAAUGAGAUUAUUUUUAUUUGCGUUUAUGUCUUAUGGCACGUUUGCGACAGUUUUGGGAUAUCAGGUGUUCGUUAGGACUCUCACAGGUAAAACCAUCACUUUAGAAGUGGAUGGAACUGACACAAUAGAAUCUUUGAAACAGCAGAUUUUGGAGAAAGAAGGUACUCCAGUUCACCAACAAAGAUUUAUAUAUGCGGGUAAACAGCUUGAGGAUGGAAGAACAUUGGACGAUUAUGGAAUUCAAAACGGAGCAAUCUUGCAUUUAAUCCUACGAUUAUCCGGAACGAUACAGAUCACGGUGGACUACUUUACUAAAUCGACGUUCCAACUUAUUGUUACACCAUCAGACACAAUUGCAGAAUUGAAGACUGAAAUUUUGAACCAAGAAGGAAUAUCUACCGUGAACCACAUAUUAGUUUUUGAUGAUACCGUUUUGAAUGAUGCAGAGACCAUAAAUGAUGCUGGCAUCGUAAAUGGUUCAGUGCUCAAGCUAUUUGUGAGAGUGUUGUGCUAAAACUAUUAUGUAUAAUUGUGUCAGAAGGAAUUUCACAUGAAUACUGUUUAUCGUAAAAUUUAUUAAGCAUGGAAUAUAA